AGCUAUUAGAGCCAACAAACACUGUGUGUGUGUGUAAUGCAGUGAAGACAUACAUUCAGUACAUUGUAUAUAAUGAUUGAGUGCAUUGACUCUCUCUCUCUCUCAAUAUUUAUACAAUGACUGACUGACUGUUGUAUUGAAAAUCCAAUAAAAUGUCUACUUUUUGAUUGAAGAGUUGUUUUUUAAUUGAUGUCAACAAACAAAUAGUUUUUGGGAAGUGAUUGAAGAGUAGUCGACACACGAAUAUAACAGACGAUGCAAUUAAUAAUCCGAGACUAGAAGUAUCACUUGAAUCGGAUCCCAUUUUUUAUCCGACAGUUUGAGUGCCAAAAAAAUCGCCGCCAAAUGAAUGGCCAAUCAAUACGACUACCAUUUGUUUUGUUGACCUGAUUUCGGUUUUUUUUGUUUGUUGUGGACACAUAUCGGUGGUAACGGAGUGAUCCAUAAUUGCUACCAAUCUGUAGGACACAACAACACUAACAUAAUAUGGGUGCCAAUCAUUCGUCUCAAAUGUCUUCGGGCAGUUCAACAGUAACAGUGCCAUCGCUGAACUCGACAUCGCAGGAGACGGUCAACUCGUGGACCUCAUACUCGGACAACAAUAGCGGUACGGGUAGUCAUAGUACACUGACCGACGGUUCGAUGAACAGUGUAAUGCCGAUCAAAGAAAAGAAACGCAAAAACUUGUCCUCAUUGGCCACUCUUCGCAAACGAUUGGUUCGCAAACGUCGUACGAGUCGAUCCUUUGAUCACUCGCAAGCUCUUCGAGAUUUCAUAUCUUCGUGGAGUACCAGAGAUAUUAAACAACUGUGUGAAGAGUACGAAUGCACCGGUUUGUUAAAAGAGUUGUCACUGUUAGCCGAAAGUGCCCGACCGCUGGCCUCGACCGCACAAAACGACUUUUGCGAGUUAUUUGACUUCAAAUAUUGUUCAGAUAUUACUCUCGUCUAUAAAGGCGUCCAAUUCCCGGUUCACAAAGCAAUUGUUUGCGUACGUUGUCCAGCCUUUCGUGAGCUGUUAGGCAAAAAACCGCCGGGAAGUUAUGUAACGGUUAACUUAGACAUAACUGGCCUUAGAGUUGAACUAUUCCACGAUUUGUUACGAUAUCUCUAUUCAGGGGAGUUGUCCGGUAGUUACGAUCCGCGAAACAAUUACGAUGUAUUGCUUCGUAUUAGCGAACAGUGCGGAGUUCCCAAUCCGUUGGCCUAUGACUUAAAACAUCUCUUGGAAACUGGUCUAUACAGUGACGCCUCACUGCUGUUUUCGCCACAACAACACCACAGAGAUUGUUCACAACAACCAGUAAAGAAGUGUCGGGCCUGUAGCGACCAAAACGAAUAUUCAUGCCAUCGAGCAAUACUAGCCGCUCGAUCGCCGUUUUUUCGAUCAGUAAUCCAACGACAGGAGCGUCGAAAAGCCGAAACCAGUGAUCCGAAUACCGUCUUACACGCCAAUCAACGAACAAAGAUUUUAUUGGACGAAAGUAUUAUUCCGCGACGGUAUGCAAGAGUAUUAUUGCAUGUCAUGUACAGAGACGCCGCCGAAUUGCACCAUCUUUUGCAAUCGUGUGUCUGUAAGUGUGUUAAUGAAGUGAAUAUCAUCGGAACCAAUACUGCCAGCGCUACGAACAACAACUCGAACACAGUCUCAACAUUGGUUUUGGUCAAAGAGGUGAUGGAUUUGUACGAAAUCGCACGCUUUCUUGAGCUCGACUUUCUCGUACAAAGCUGUGAAGAUUUACUCAUCGAUUCGUUAUCAUUGGAUUCAUUGUUAAUGAUAUUGAAGUGGUCGGAACAGCCACAUGGCUCGCCGUGGGUCAAGCGUCAGGCACUCUGUUUUAUGCGCGAAGAGUUUUCAUCAAUUGUUUCAUCAGCGCUAUUAUGUCAGUUAGAGUUAUCACAUUUGAUUGAAGCACUGAAAUCAGACUUUUUGAAUGCCAGCGAACUCGAGGUCUUACAGGCAGUUAUCAAAUGGGGUGAGAAUCGGUUAAUGAAGCGAAUGGAGGAACGGGAGCCAAAUGUUGUGUCAAACACUGCUCAUAGUUUACGUCGAGGUAUCCGUAAGAAAGAGCUAAAUGAUACGGAACUUCGGGACAUAAUAUCUGAACUAAUUUGUCACGUACGAGUGGUGCAUAUAUUACCACUGGACAGUGAUAUAUUGACCAAUGCAGCUAAAAGAGGACUCAUUAGUACACUACCACCCUAUAUGGUCGGUGAAGAUUCAGUAUUGCCCCAAUCACGCGGUAUAGCUGCUUGGUUUAGAGGUCGAGGUACGGGACCUUUUAUCAGACCGCGUUAUUUUACUCCGUAUGUCGAAGAAGCUAAAGCAUUGCUUGACGACCGAAUUGGCAGACAGGGAGAGAUUGUUUCCAAUCGGGUUUCCCGACAGAUAUCGCACAUUCCCGAUGCGCUCUAUAUGUUGGAUAAGACAAACAAUACUGUGUCACCAAUGAAUGACGUGUUUCUUGGCUCCGAUCACUACCAUCUUUGCAUAUCAUCAUCAUCUUCAUCGUCGGCCGUAUGCUAUGAAGACAUACACGAAGCCGGUUCAAGACCUCAAAUGCCUAUUCUUGAAGACAGAGUUGUUGUAUUAAUGAAACAACGAGAACAAGAACUGAAAGGUUUACCAUUAAGUCAAAGAGCACUGGCAUUGGUUUCCAAUCGAUGCGAAGCUCUAAGGCUUAUACAGCUUCGUGUGUGCCGUGAGUUUGGUCUUCCGGAUGCCGCUUCUGAUGUAUUACACGGAAACAAUUAUUCAAUGCCUGUUCUGGAAGGACCUGACGAUGGCAUUUCUCGUCUUUCAUAUGUUGCUCCCAGUGAAGUCGGCUCAUUAAGUAUACCGCCACCACCGAGACCACUGACCAGCAAUUUAUCCGGUAUAACCACCACUGUAUUGAAUGAGGACAGGGAUCUCUACAGUACGUUCAGUGAACUUAAAUUGGAAAGUUCUGUACCACGUUUGGCUCAUUUCGAUUUAGAGUCACAGUUUUCAAGCAAUGAAUCCCGUCAUACGCUUAGCGAUCUGAUCCCCGACAUAGCUAUCGCAACGACAACUGCCAUCGAAGAGUUCCAAUUGGCUCAACGAUCGGCUGAUUCAAUGGAUCUUAAAAGAGAUAUAGAGUCCGAAAGACCACGUUUUGUAUGAUUAAAGAAAAUAUAAUAAUUGUC